AUCGGCGCGUUGCCAUCCUCGUCCACUUCCUCCUCGAUGCCUCCCCCACCUCCCCUUUCCAAGCGUCGCCAACCUUCCCAAGACAGUGCAACUACGCCUAGCAGCAGUAGUCGAGACGCCUUCUCUCCUCUCUCGUCGGACGACUGCUUCGCAGAAGCAUUGGAGGUCGACGUGCCCGAACGAGGAGUCUUUAGGGUCUACUACACGCCGCCUCGUCCCAAACAAGCCAAGAGGCAGCAGCGGCAGCAACAGCAGCAACAAGCAGCGACAGCUAAAGGAGAAGAAGCAGGCAAGCCUUCAAGCCCAGGUACUCUCAUCUUCUUGCACCACGGUGCCGGCUUUUCUGGCCUCUCCUUUGCCCUGACUGCUCGCGCGAUUACUCACUCCACGAACGGUGAAGUCGGGGUUCUCGCCCUAGACUGCCGUGGACAUGGUAGGACGGAAUGCCCCGCACCAGAGGAGAUGUCGCUGGAGACUUUGACAGGUGACAGCUUUGCUUUGCUUCAGACGCUCUUCCCCGAUCCGGCUCGAACCCCGACUUUACUCCUCGUAGGACACUCGAUGGGAGGGGGCGUCGUCGUCUCUCUCUGCCCCGCCGUGCAGAAUUGGAGCGCUCGAGUCGCAGGGGUAGCAGUACUCGACGUGGUCGAGGGAACGGCCGUUGAGGCCCUGUCUUCUAUGGAGGGCAUUGUGGCUAUGCAGCCAAAAGGGUUCGACAGUAUGGAGGAAGCGAUCAGGUGGCACGUGGAAAGGGGCAGUGCGGCGGCUAUCAGGAAUAAAGAGAGCGCGAGGAGGAGUGUACCCGGAGUAUUGAAGAGCGCCUCACGCGAACCGCGUCUCAUCUUCCGGCACAAUCUCUCCCUCACCACUCCACACUGGCGCUCCUGGUUCGUAGGUCUCUCGCAGCGCUUCCUCGGCGUUCGUACAGCGCGCCUUCUCAUGCUAGCGGGGACCGAUCGCCUUGACAAGGACUUGAUGGUAGGCCAGAUGCAGGGCAAGUACCAGCUGCAGGUCUUGCCUGAAGCGGGACACUGCCUGAUGGAGGACGAGCCGGAGAAGGUAGCCAAGCUUUUGGUCGACUUUUGGAGGAGAAAUGAGGCUGUGAAUCUGCCUGUUGGGAAAGGGGUGCAGCUGAGGAAGGUGGGACAGUGA